AUGCGAGAAAAAAGAUCCAAGCCAGGUGUGAUCCAAAGCGAGCAUAUGAACAGAUUGAUUGUUGGUAUGUCACCACUAAACUUGACCUUAAUUAGGUUGCUGGUCGUGCCAAAGCUUUGAGGCCCAGAGUUAAAGCAUAAAAGUUGUAGAGGCCCUAAAGUCCCGACUUGCAGAACAUACUGCGAAGAUUGAAGAGGACUUGGGAGUAAGCAUACCCUAUUAUCAACUUGGACUGUUCGCAGAUGACCAGGAACUCUCUCCUUUCGACGACAUGGUCACAUACCACUACACCAACUUCCCGCAGGAUUCGAAAUCCCACCCGGCCGCGUUUACUUCGGUAUCGAUCCUCACGGCACCGACGGUCGCCAGCCCGGAGAAUGGCUCGUGUUGGACGAGGAACAGAUAG